GGGUAAGUACCCGGGGGUCUCUUUGUUGCCGUUCGGCCUCCUUACUGUAUUCUUCAUGGUGUCAACUUUCCGGAGGUGCCACCUACCAUCCGAAAUGCGUACCCCGCCGUCAUAAACGUUCACAUGAGAACGCAUCCUUUGGCUCACCGCUCAUGAUACUUUGCAGUUCACGCUUCUUUUAGUAAAGGGUCCAGUUCCACCAUUUUCGGUGCCAGCUUCGAUUUACGUGCAAAAAUACAAGCAAACUGGAAUGCAAUAGAAUACAGUACAAAAGUCAAUAUGGAAACGAAUAUAAGUAAGCCUCUGUGGAAUUGUUUGAAGCUGGAUCGUCCCCCUACUUCUAUUUGGCAUCCAAUGCCCGAAAAUUUUGCUACUUCGCUAUUUAUAUCAACUGUCAAUAGUGCUGUGGAAGACAUUUCGUAUCAAGAUCAGCUUAGCACUGAGGCUGUCGUCCUUACUCGUUUGGUUUAUAGAAUGAAAAGUAAAUUCAGGGCGGACAAAGGACUUAAAAAUAUAGAGAAGGUCAACAGAGCUCUUCUUAAUUAUUUAAAAUUGUCAGUCAAAGAAGAUUAUGAAUAUCUGAAAGCAAAUAUUGAAUCUAACGAGGAGAGCAUAACAUUACCCAGUCGACAGAUGUUGGACUAUGUUCUAAUAAAAACCGAGAGUUUUGCGAAACUUAUGCACCGGAUUGAGAGUGUUGCCAGACUGGCUGCUCAUUUUCUGACCAAUAGAAUUCACCUUGGUCAAGCUUGGACUGUCUCGGUUAUCGCAUUAUCUGUCAUAUCCCGGAUUUGGAUGCUCUCUAGUUAUUUAUUGAGAAGAUCUUGCGAGUGGUAUAACAAUUUAUAUACUUUGCGAGAAAAAGUGAGACCAAUGGGAGUUGAAUGGAUGCCACGAGAACAGACUUUACCAUCAGAUCUCAAGAGUUGGAUUGGAGUUUCGAGAAUUGAUAAGCAAUCUCAAUGUUUGCAAAGGAAAGCGACUCUUCGGAAUCGGAAUUAACGUCAGUCAAGUGAAUAAAGAAUGGCUCGACAUGCAUGCCGUCGUCUUUUGCUUCUCACCAUACUCAUCCUUCAGAUUUUGAGCAUUCUCAAUACGAUUGUUCCACAAUUCACUUGACACGGAAAUUCUAGCAUUUUCGCACAAUUGACAUACAUCAUUGGCUUCGAGAGUAUUAUUUUAGAGCGCGACUUAGCUCUUCACAUUAGCCCAUAUUUAUGCUAUAGUAAUUGCAUGCCCUUUUCAUGGGAUGUUUCAUCCAAAAAGAUAGG